CGGAAGAGGAAGGUGCAGUCGGAAUCAGGGCCCCUCCAGUUAGUUAUACCUUCUUAGGGGUGGGUGUCCCGGCGGUGUGUGGCCGAUGGUGAGAUGCCGAGCGGCAGCCGCUGCCCGGACUGCGGCUCCUCUGAGCUCGUGGAAGACUCACAUUAUUCUCAGAGCCAGCUGGUGUGCUGCGACUGCGGCUGUGUGGUCACCGAAGGGGUCCUUACGACCACCUUCAGCGACGAGGGCAACCUCAGAGAAGUGACAUAUUCUCGAAGCACAGGGGAAAAUGAACAAGUUAGUCGCAGCCAGCAACGAGACCUCCGUCGGGUGAGAGACCUGUGCCGGAUUCUGAAGCUGCCCCCCACGUUCGAGGAUACAGCAGUCUCCUACUAUCAAAAGGCCUAUAAGCUGUCUGGCAUCCGCGCUGCGAGGCUACAGAAGAAGGAAGUGUUAGUCGGAUGCUGUGUUCUAAUCACCUGCCGGCAACAUAACUGGCCCCUCACCAUGGGAACCAUCUGCACCCUAUUGUACGCAGAUCUGGAUAUGUUUUCCGGCACCUACAUGCAGAUCGUGAAGCUUUUGGGGCUGGAUGUGCCAUCUCUGUGCCUGGCAGACCUGGUGAAGUCCUAUUGCAGCAGCUUCAAACUGUUCCAGGCUAACCCAUCCAUGCCAGCCAAGUAUGUGGAGGACAAAGACAAGAUGCUGUCUCGAACCUUGCAGCUGGUGGAGCUGGCAAAUGAGACGUGGCUCGUGACGGGGCGGCACCCCUUGCCUAUCAUCACUGCAGCCACCUUCCUGGCGUGGCAGUCUCUGCGGCCCUCGGGCCGACUGACAUGUUCUCUUGCCCAGUUUUGUAAGUUGGCAAAUGUGGAUCUGCCCUACCCGGCUGCCUCCCGCCUGCAGGAGCUCCUGGCUGUGCUGCUCCGGAUGGCCAGCCAGCUGGCCUGGCUGCAAGUGCUGAAGCUCGAUAAGCGGACCGUGGUGAAACACAUCGGCGACCUUCUCCAGCACCGCCACAUGCUGGUCCGCAUGGCCUUUCGAGAUGGACCAUCGGAAGUGGAGACCCACAAGCAAGAGCAGCGGGGGCAGGCACAGCGAGAGGAGGCGGGGGAUGGUACCUGUGAUUUGCCCAAGAGGAAACGCCCUGCCAGCCCCGCGCCUCUCCUCCCACCCUGUAUGUUGAAGCCUCCCAAACGGACCCACCCCCCGCCCCCCGUUUCUGUAGUGACCGGAGACGAGAACAUUUCCGACAGCGAAAUCGAGCAAUAUUUGCGCACCCCUCAGGAAGUCAGAGACUUUGAGAGAGCCCAAGCUGCUGGCCAGGGAGCCACGAGUGUCCUUACCCGCACUGAUGCACAUUCUUCAAGGCGCAUUCAAAAAUUCUGACUACAGUUUGUUAAUAGGCCUGCCGUGCUGCCAGAAGUAAAUGUAGAUGCCCUUGGGAUAUUCCUUUCUUAUUUAAAGGAACCAAGAGGAGCAGUUAAUUGGACCCAACGCCCUAGAGAAGUUGGGAGGCUUGUGGAAUGUCUAUAGGUGGGAAAGCCUGUCCUUGGUGCAGGCAGGCAAGCUGGCCGUCUCCAGUCUGGGAUGGAUCCCUCCUAAGACUGCUGAAGAUCCGCCCAGCUCUCUUCUGCCUCGAUGUGAAGUAAACAUUGCUGUUAAAGAGCUGGCAAUCCUCAUGGUGUCAACCGUCACAUGAGCAGGAGCCGCGACUCCUGGCCCAGGCUCAGUUAGGUUCUAGUGGUCUCACACUUUCAUAAGCUCUGCUACAUCAUUAACAAAAGGACCAUGGGUGGACUAAGGCUGUCGCUCAAAGGGCUUUGCAAGACUUUAAUAUAUUAAAACAGAGAGGCAUCUGCUAGAAAACAUUCUGUUGUAUAAAACCAGAACUUUUAAAACAGA